UUCCUGUGAGUGUUUGAACAGGAAGGCGGACAUGUUGAUCAGGAAAAGAAAGUUGCAACUGACGGCUACAUUUUCAGGAAGGAAAAAAAUUGUUCUGCAUUUUUGUCGUCUUUGAGAAAGAACCCGGAGAAUAAUUAUCUUCGUUGCUUUUUGCUUUGAAACAAGUUUAAUAAUGAAUUUAAAUGAGCUGCUGGUUUUGUGAUCUACGUUAAGCGAUGUACACAGAGGAUGUUAAAUGCGCGCCGUGCAAUACAGUCUGAAGAAACAUUUGCAGAAGUUCAUUUUCCUGAACUGAAGCUGUCAAGAUACCAGAUGUGUUGUUCAGGCCUUAUAUAACUGGAGGUUGUUACAGGAGCUUGAAAGUGUGAUUUCCUGCAAAUUGAACUUUUAAGGCAAAAUUGCACAUUUCUACUGUUUCAAUACGUAGAUGACGAAUGUAUAUAUUAUAUAGGGUAUAUUUUUAAGUGCAAAUCAGAAUACUUUUUGGUAAAUAAGUCACUGCCCUCUUAAGUUUUGAAGAGAAACGGGAAGUCUAUUUAUUUUUAAAUGCGGCAAAAAUUCUCAGAAACUUCAUGGGAGGUUUUAUGGUUCCGAGUGUUGGGGAAAAAAUGUUGGGUGAAGCAAUGUCGUGAAGCGGUCUGCAACGUUUGUUAAACCCAUCUUUUCGAGGCUUCUGAACGGACAGGUGUCAUAUCGGAAGUGCUUAUUUUAUAUCAAUUUUGUUUACAUUAAUUGGAACAAAACUUAAAAUAUCAGGACACAAUGUCGUCUGGAGAAAAUUUGGAAGCUCGGUUUGAAAAAAUUGAAUCCAUGUUAAAGGAUCCCAAGUGCGAGGUGAACUGCGAAAGUUUGCUGGAUAGCUUGGAUGCCUUGAUUUAUGAUUUGGACUUCCCUGCCUUAAGAAAGAACAGGAACAUAGAUAACUUCAUUAAUCGAUAUAAAGAUGCAAUGAGUAAAGUUCGGGAUUUGAGAAUGAAAGCAGAAGAUUAUGAAGUUGUUAAAGUAAUUGGUAGAGGAGCGUUUGGUGAAGUUCAGCUGGUGAGACAUAGAAAUACCCGUAAAGUCUUUGCAAUGAAAUUGCUCAGCAAGUUUGAGAUGAUAAAGCGAUCUGAUUCAGCAUUCUUCUGGGAAGAAAGGGGCAUUAUGGCGUUUGCAAAUAGUCCAUGGGUUGUACAGCUAUCAUAUGCUUUUCAAGAUAAUCGUUAUCUCUACAUGGUGAUGGAAUAUAUGCCUGGAGGGGAUCUUGUAAAUUUAAUGAGUAAUUAUGAUAUGCCUGAAAAAUGGGCCAGGUUUUAUACGGCAGAAGUUGUUCUUGCUUUGGAUGCAAUUCAUUCCAUGGGCUUCAUUCACAGAGAUGUGAAGCCAGAUAAUAUGCUGCUUGACAAAGCUGGUCAUUUAAAAUUAGCAGAUUUUGGAACUUGCAUGAAAAUGAAUAAAGAAGGCAUGGUGCGAUGUGAUACAGCUGUUGGGACACCCGAUUAUAUUUCUCCUGAAGUGCUGAAAUCUCAAGGUGGAGAUGGCUAUUAUGGGAGGGAGUGUGAUUGGUGGUCAGUAGGAGUAUUUCUCUAUGAGAUGCUUGUUGGUGACACACCUUUUUAUGCAGAUUCAUUAGUUGGAACAUACAGCAAGAUUAUGAAUCAUAAAAACUCAUUGUCAUUUCCUGAAGAUAAUGAUAUUUCUAAGGAUGCAAAGAGCCUUAUCUGUGCUUUCCUCACUGACAGGGAAGUAAGACUAGGCCGGAAUGGUGUUGCAGAAAUAAAAAAGCAUCCUUUCUUCCGAACUGAUCAAUGGACCUGGGAAAAUAUUAGAGAGAUUUCUGCACCUGUUGUGCCUGAGCUAAGUAGUGACAUUGACACAAGCAAUUUUGAUGAGUUGGAAGAAGACAAAGGUGAGGAAGAAACGUUUCCUGUGCCGAAAGCCUUUGUUGGAAAUCAGUUACCUUUUGUUGGCUUCACAUACUACAGAGACCACCAGAAUUCAUCUGGUACUCCUAAACAAGCAAGUGAUUGUAGAACUCGUUCUACCAUGGACAAUAGCCAAAUUGAAAAUUUGAAAAAGACUAUUGAUGAACUUGAAGAGCAAUUGCACAAUGAAAUACAAUUAAAGGAUGAAUGGGAACAAAAAUACAAGGCAGGAAAUGUAAAGUUGGAGAAAAUUACAAAAGAACUGGACGAUGAGGGUAUUGCAAGAAAAACAUUAGAAGUUAACUUGUCUCAGCUUGAGAAGGAAAAAUUGAUGGCACAGCACAAGGUCAAUGAAUAUCAAAGGAAAUUAGAACAAGAGGUUGAAAAGAGGCGCAAUUUGGAAAAUGAGGGUUCCAUGUUAAAGGAGCAACUUGAAGAUUUGAAGAAAGUGACUCAGAGCUCCCAGAUAUCAAAUGAGAAAAUUGUGCAAUUACAAAGACAAUUAGAAGAAGCCAAUGUUUUGUUACGAACUGAAUCAGACACCGUAGCAAGGUUACGGAGAAAUCAAACGGAACUAACAAAGAGCAUGAGUCAGUUGGAGACCGUAAACAGUGAACUGCAGGAGCGAAACCGACUUUUAGAGAAUACAAAGCUACAACUGGAGAAAGAUAUUAUCCAGCAACAAUCUGCUUUGGACACCGAACGAAGAGAUCGCAGUCAUGGUUCAGAAGUGAUCAGUGAUUUGCAGGCUCGAAUUACUUCAUUACAAGAAGAAUUGAAAUCAAUGAAGCUUAACCUUUCCAAAUCAGAGAUGGAAAAGAAGCAAGUGCAAGAGAGACUUAGUAAUUUGGAGAAGGAAAAGAAUAACCUGGAAAUUGAUGCAAAUUACAAACAAAAAAUGUUACAGCAGCGACUGGAUCAAGAGGUCGCUGAGCACAAAGAAACCAAAGCACGAUUGGCAGAUGAGUAUGAAUCCAUUGAAGAAGCAAGAUCUGCAGCCAUGAGUGAAAUGGAUAACAAGUUGAGAGAAGAGAGGUUGUCCAAGCAAAGAGCUGAGAAUCAGAUGAUGGAAAUUGAGAAGCAGCGGUCAAUGCUGGAUGUGGAUUUAAAGCAGUAUAAACAAAAGGUGGAGCAGCUCAGUAAGCAGAAGGAAAGGUUGGAAGAAGAGGUGAAGAAUCUGUCAUUUCAGCUGGAUCAAGAGAAGAAUAAACAGGCAGUGACAAAGAAUGAGCUAAAGGCACAGUCAUUGGAAGCAGACUGUCUUAAAGGAUCAGAGAAACAGCUGAAACAAGAGAUCAAUUCAUUGCUAGAAUCCAAACGGUCACUGGAAUUUCAGCUGGCGCAACUCUCAAAGCAAUAUCGAGGUAAUGAAGGCCAGAUGAGAGAGCUCCAGGACCAGCUUGAGGCAGAGCAAUAUUUUUCAACUCUGUAUAAGACUCAAGUUAAGGAGCUCAAAGAGGAAAAUGAGGAGAAAAAUCGAAUAAACAAUGAACUUCAGAGGAGGAUGCAGGAGCUUGUUAGUGAAAGGGAUUCAGUAACUUCACAACUGGAUUUAACAAUAACUAAAGCAGAUUCUGAGCAGCUAGCUCGAGCUAUAGCAGAGGAUCAAUGUUACGAACUUAACCAGGAACUUAAAAAAACAGUGGCACGACACAAGCAAGAGCAAAUAGAGAAGGACAACACCAUUAGCUCACUGGAGGAGUCGAAUAGAACCCUGACCAAAGAUGUAGAAAAUCUAUCCAAAGAGAAAGCAGAAAUUGAUGAAAAACUGAGGUCAAUGGGAGAAGAUUUACAAAAGAAGAAGGAAGAAGAAUUGAAUGUGAAAAGCCACUACGAGAAAAUGAUUAACCAAGAACGUACAUUGAAAACACAAGCUGUCAAUAAACUUGCUGAAAUUAUGAACCGGAAAGAUAUAAAAGUGGAUCGGAAGAAAGCAAAUACAUCAGAUGUCCGAAAAAAAGAAAAGGAAAACAAAAAAUUGCAACUGGAAUUGAACCAGGAGAAAGAGAAAUACAGUCAGAUGGUUGUGAAGUAUCAAAAGGAUUUAAAUGAAAUGCAAGCACAAUUAGCAGAGGAAUGUAACCUUCGCACAGAGAUGCAAAUGCAGCUUGAUAGUAAGGACAGCGAUAUUGAACAGCUUCGUUCUAAACUUCAGGAUCUCCAGCUUCGUAUGGAUAAUACAAGUGUUGCCAGCUUGCAUUCUGAAGAUUCUGACGGAAGUGUAGUUGAAACCAGGAUGGAGGGCUGGUUAUCAAUACCAAACCGGGCUAACAUAAAGCGUUAUGGAUGGAAAAAACAGUAUGUUGUAGUGAGCAGCAGAAAAAUACUGUUCUAUGAAGAUGAGCUGAAUAAAGAACAAUCUAAUCCUUCAAUGGUAUUGGAUAUCGACAAAUUGUUCCAUGUGCGCCCUGUAACACAAGGUGAUGUAUACAGGGCAGAAACUGGAGAAAUCCCUCGGAUAUUCCAGAUAUUAUAUGCCAAUGAGGGUGAAUGUCGAAAGGAUGUGGAAGCAGAAGCUGUGCAAUCAGUGGAAAAGCCUGAUUUUAUACCUCAUAAAGGUCAUGAAUUUAUCCCUACACUUUAUCAUUUUCCCACAAAUUGUGAAGCUUGUGCAAAGCCUCUGUGGCAUGUUUUCAAACCACCAGCUGCAUUGGAGUGCAGGCGAUGCCAUGUUAAGUGCCAUAAGGAUCAUUUGGAUAAAAAGGAAGACAUGAUUGUACCAUGCAAAGUGAAUUAUGAUGUCAACACAGCGAGGGAUAUGUUGCUACUAGCAUGUUCUCAGGAUGAACAGAAGAAAUGGAUUGGACAUUUAGUGAAGAAAAUUCCUAAGAAUCCUCCGGCUGUAUCAAGUUUUGUGCGUGCUUCUCCCAGGUCAUCAAGUACAAGAUCGGCGCCAAAUCAGUCUUUUCGCAAACCUGCCAAACAUAUUGCCCCAGUCAAGCCCAGCUAACCAUUUAUGGAAUUUGGAUCCAAUAUACUUUUCAAGGGAGCAAGGCUUUGUGAGAUUGAAAGCAAGUGCAAAGUGGAUUCCUUCCAAUUUAAGUGUUACAAAUUUCAGGGUUAAAAUUGUUUAAUCUCCACCUUUCACCUACUUACUAUUCCUGCACUAUUUGAAAUGUGUGCAAGGCCUUUCAUUGCACAUUUACCAUUCCAGCAUUUUUUUUUUGGAUUGCAGCAGAUAGCAAUCUAUAAAUCGGAUGAUUUCUCUCUAAUAGGCAGGUGAACAUGGAGGCAGCUCAUUAUAGAACAGCCUCGUAAGUUUUUUGUGUGUGUUACUUCAUCAAGUAAGGGAUAGGGUAUCUGCACUUGAGGGAAUAGCUUAUGCUAAAGCAAGGAGGGAAGUGUGUGAAAUUGACUUCUGAAAAUAGUACAAGACACAAAGAAUUGCUUUGAAGAUGGAGUCAGGUGCUUUAACAAAAACAUUGUUAUAUUGAAUUUGUUAUGCCUCAAGUUACAUGCCUUCUGUGCAUAUCCAUUGAGACCAUUAGAGCUUUAAUAUGUCAUGGCUUUAAGAUAUUCAGUCUGCUAGAAUAAAAGCUUAAAUUGAAAUGUUUAGCACUGGGAAAAAAUCGACAGAAUAUUUCGCUCAUGAGUUUUUUGAAAAGCCAUAGUAGUUGAUAUGUUGAUGUACCAUUUUUUUUUAAAAAAGGAAAAGGAUAAAAGAAGCAUUAUGGAAUAAGCAGUAAUUCAAAAGACCAGGUUUGUAUUUUGCGGGGCACAUUAUUUUGUCAUGAUUUUAUAAAUAGAUUGCCUUACAUUUUAAAUGAAUUCUUAUCAGAUGGUAGACAGCGUUAACUUAACAAAUAAAUUGUGCACUGUUUUAAAACAUAAAUUAUUCUACUUUUAAACACUUCAACAAGAAUAACAUUAUUCUGUUGAUGCCUUACUUUUGAAGAACUGUUUUCCUGCCACAUAAUUCAUCAUAAAUUUUAAGUAACUGCACCAGCUUCAACGAUUUUCAUUGCAUUGUGAACUGUUGUUUCGGGUAUUUUGAAUAUGAUUCGAAAAUGAAUAAAUUGCCUGUAAUCAGUUGGAAUUAUGCAUAGGAAAACCUGCAGCAAACUUGAACUAUGGAUGGCAUUAGAUAAGAUUUAUUUCAGGAGUUACUCCAAUAAGAACUGUUGUAUUUUCAGUUUUAUUUUUGCCAGUCAGCAGGAAUAUAUUCAUAAAAAUGAAUGAUAUGGCUCACUGUACCUCCCAUGUAAUAUAUAAAGGCUUUGCAGUUACAUGUAUUAAAGCACUGGAAAAUGAAUUUUUGCUGAAGAUGAUCGCAUAUUUUGUGAUGUUGAAAGUCGCACUGAUUGGUAUGUACCAAUAAACAUAUCUAUAUGUAUU